AUGUGUCUGCGGCGAGAACAUGCCAUUAGUCCAGGUGUCAUAUCGGAUGCUUUGGCACCUAUCAAUGCCGACCCGUUUCACAAUGGUUUUCCUACCCCCGCCUGGGUGCCCCAGCUUCCGGAUCACAUCCCUACCUCCACUACGGUGGGGGAUUUCAUUCUGACUGAGGAUGUGUCAUGGCCUUCCAUAUCUGCAGGCACUGCGCCUUUGAUCGAUGGGAUUACUGGAACACUGUACUCAAAAAGUGUGCUGCGAGAGCGGGUAGAUUCGGCAUCGCGUGGUCUGGCUGCGCGCCUUGGUUGGUCACCGAGCGGCGGCUCGCCAUGGUCCAAGGUGAUUGCAGUGUAUGGCUUGAACUCGGUGGAUUACUUUGUUAUCUGCUAUGCCAUCCAUCGUUUGAAUGGUAUCUGCAUGCCCAUCCACUCGAGCAGCACGCGGAGUGAAAUUGCGGUGCAAAUGAACAAAGCCAGAUGCGACGUCAUUUUCUGCGGCCCGGGAACCAUGGAACUUGCAGCCGGCCUGGGUAUCGCGCCAGAUCGUAUUUUUACAUUCAACGACGCCAAGAACACCUCUGCCCAAUACACGUCCGGAACGACUGGAACUGCGAAGCUGGCCAUGCUCACCCACUACGGGUUAAUCACGAAUAUUCUCCAGGCAGCAAGCUUUGAGAAUACGGUCAAGCAAGGCCGGAGUGAGGUUCUCACCGGAUCCAUGCCGUUUAGCCACAGCUAUGGCAUCAUCAUGCUUAGCUUAGCCGUCUGGCGCAAUGACACAUAUGUUGUCUUUCCGAGCUUUGACCUACAGCUCAUGUUGAAAGCCGUUUCGCAGCAUCGAAUCAAGAGGCUCUGUCUGAUUCCUUCCAUCCUCGCUGCGCUUGCCGCCAAUCCAGUCCUCUUCGAGCUCUACGACCUCUCCUCCGUCACCACUAUCGUCACGGGUGGGGCGCCGAUAUAUAAAGAGCUCACGGACAAAAUCAUCGGCCUUUGCCCCACAUGGACGCUCAUUCACGCCUGGGGAACCCGUUUACGCCUCGUCGGCGACGAUGGUCGAGAUAUCAACGCAUAUGGCGAGGCUGGCGAGAUUCUGUUCCAGUCGCCCAACUUAUUUUUAGGGUAUCUUGGGGACCAGAACGAGUCAUUACGAUCGUUCGAUGAGGACUGCUGGUUCCGGACAGGUGACAUUGGCAGCAUGGAACUGAGCACCUCUCGGACAGAGCACCUCUUCAUCCGGGGCCGCUCCAAGGAGAUGAUCAAGGUCAAGGUGAGACACCCUCCCCUCCCCAACCCCGACCGCUUACUCGCAGCUCCGCAGAAAAGGCCUUGGGGCUGGACCUAUGCUCACCCAUCUCAAACCUCGCAGGGCUUACAAGUGAUUCCCACGCGCAUCGAGGCCGUGCUCCUCAAGUACCCGCACAUCGUAGAAGCCGCUGUGAUCGGCGACGACCUGCGCGAUCAUAUCGAGGAAUACAUCAGAGAGAGACUGCAGGAGUCUCAUUGGCUGUACAGGCGGAUCACGUUCCUCCCUGCGCUCCCAAAGACACAGAGUGGCAAGGUUGUGAAAGGAAUGCUGACUGCUGCCACCGCGGCCUAG